UCGGAUAAACCCCAACUGAUGAUUGUAGUUCUUGAUUAGCAACAGAUUUUUAAAUUAUUUGUAUAUUCUUAACACACAGCUCCUCUGUCAAAGUUAAGAUUUGUGCUUUGCUUUUCCAAUGUUGGGUUAAAUGCACUUAUUAAAAACGCACAAACAUUAUUUAUAAUGUAGUUGUAACUUCCUCGUGUGGUGCAGUUGAUAGUGGGACUAGGACACGAAUGCUAUUCUGUUUUACUGUAAUUAAUGUGUCUCUUUAAAUAUAAAGGAAAAAAAGCGGUUUGGCAGAAUAAAAUUGCUCAAAUUGGGGGGGGUAGUCCUAUAUUUAGCUUAAUCCUUCUGAAUGGAACAAACCUAUUAUAAACAGCGGUUACGUGUCAGUUUUAACAGCAUAUUUCUCAGCAACGUGCGGAUCACCCGCCUUCCUGCGCGUUUGUGUCCUACGUCACUUCCGCCGGAUAUCGGUCGGUUUGGCGGAAUUUUUUAAAGAGCUCCCAUUUUACCAAGCGGGUGUUUUUAUUGCAGUAUUAUUGAGGUGUCGGUCCGUUAAAGCGUUGAAAUCAUGAGCCUCGUGCUGUUGACGGAACUCUGUGUUUUUUCUCUGACUCUGGCAGCCUUUUCAACUCCCUUAAUUGAGGCAGAAGAAGGCGAUGAUGCCAUUUUGCAGUGUCUCCUGGAUCCUGUUGUUGAUGUGUCGGAAUCCCCGGUGACGUGGAGCAAAGAUGACGCCAAGGACAUGGUCCACGUUUACAUCCGUGGACGUGAUCGGGCUUCUGACCAGAAGGAGUUCACGAACAGGACCUCACUCAACCACGAAGGCUUGAGGAGAGGAAACGUGUCCCUGCGUCUGUCCUCCGUACGACGCGCCGAUAGCGGCACAUACACCUGCUACAUCCAAAGGCUGGACACGUACUGUCAUACCGGCCUCAAAGUUGUGGCGAGAGGCCAACUCAUCAGACCACGAGGGGUUUCUCUCAACGUGACACCGUCGCUGGACGUGCCAAAGGCAGAAACUCCAGACAAUGAAAAUGAAACUGGCUGUGAUGUCAAGUACACGGUUAUCUCCAUUUUCCUGGGUGUUCUUGGAGCUGUGAUUCUGUUGAUCCUUGGGACGUUCAUGACUUGUAAGAAGAUCCAAGAAAAGAUGGAGAGGAAAGUAGCAACAAGAACAACCAAUACUGAAAUGCAGAGUCUAAGUGGAGGACAUCCGACAAACGGUGCAGGAAACCCCCAGGAAGUCGUGUAGCGCUGGAUGGGCUGAAAUCACCCUGCGUUCACCAAAUACUACGUUUAGAAGCAACCGGAGUUGAUGUGAGACACUUUUUAAAUAUUUCUGUUCUUCCAUCCGUUAAAAUUGAGUGAAAAAGUUAAUUAUUUAUGACAAAAUAUGAAUCCGACUUGAAUAAAUCAAACUAAAUGACUAAUAUUGAUCUUAAUAGUGAAGUAAAUGGAAUUUAAUUAUUACUGUACUUAAGGAUUUUUAGGUGUGGUCUCCAACAGUGAAGUAAAACAGGUGUCUUUUACAAAACUGCAUUAAUUCAAAUUGCAGCAUUAUAGUAACCAUUAUUAGCAUGUUGCCCUGUCAUUAUCAGUGUAGCUACAUCUGUUUGUUUUGUUUAAACGAUGAUUGGGAAACGUGUUUACACUGUUUUGCCAGGUUUUCAUAAUGUCAGACUAAAUAUUGAAUACGACCAAUUAAAUGUGAUGUUAGUAGACCCUCAUAAUAAUGAGUGCAAACUGCAACAUUAGUGACAUGAAGUAAAAAAUUAAACCUGCCAAUUCUCUCAUCACUGUCAAAAACAUCUUGGCACCAAGUUGCUCAUCGCAUAGAGUUUGCUAAGAAGGUAAAGGAACCAAUCGAGCCUGAAUAAACACAAUACAAAUCUGGUUUGUGACGACUCUGCUCCGCAGGAAACGAAUGUCAUGAUUACAUCAGUUCAUAAAGAUGUUGCCGUUUCACGGCUGCAGGGUUUGAAUCCAGUGUUUAACAUCUAUAACGCUAGGGUUGUGUAACUAAAAUGUAAAAUAAUUUCCACUGCUGUUUAGUUCUGCUCGUCUGUGGGGCUCAAUGGCCCUGGGAGCGUGUGGAGAGUCUGUGGAUGAGUGGGUCUCCUGUGGAAAAUGGGAUUUUAGUAGUCAAUCUGAGCAGAUCCUCAGUUUAUUAAGCUUCUUUUCUUUAAAAGCACUUUUACAUUUCUGUUCUAAAACAUGUUCUGUUAAUUGCGUAUGUUUGUUGUUGUUUUUUUGCACUUUAAUAUUUCAACAUUAUUACUCUAUUCAUUCGUUGUAUUUUUCCUGCCUGUUGUUAAAUUAUUAAAUCUAUUUAAAUGCAAA